AUGGUUAGUGAGCAUACGGUUGGUGAGCACAUGUUGUGUGAGCUUAUGGUUGAUGAGCAUAUGGUUAGUGAGUACACGGUUGGUGAGCACAUGGUUGAUGAGCAUAUGGUUAGUGAGCAUACGGUUGGUGAGCACAUGUUUGGUGAGCUAAUGGUUGAUGAGCAUAUGGUUAGUGAGUAUACGGUUGGUGAGCACAUGGUUGAUGAGCAAAUGGUUGUUGAGCACAUGUUUGGGGAGCGCAUGGUUGGGGAGCACAUGGUUGGGGAGCACAUGUUUGGUGAGCACAUGGUUGGUGAGCACAUGGUUGGGGAGCAUAUGACUGGAGCGGCGACCUUGUGA